UUAGAUCUGCAAGGGCUCACAGCAGCAGGACAGAUUAGUCUGAUCUCAGCAUGCUGCGCCAUCCCCGCUCUGACUGCGAGCGCUUUCUACUGGUUUAUGCAUCCUACAGUCCUAGUCGUGCGGCUUGCCAUGCGGUCCCGGUGCGUGGAUCUGGACAAUGAAUAACACCAGCUUGGCGCUGGUUGGAGCGGGCAGCUUGGAGAGCCCACCGGCGCACAGAGCUCUAACAGGCUGCGUCCUGGUGCUGCUCAUCAUCUGGACGCUUUUGGGCAACAUGACCGUGUGCGCGGCAGUUUGUAGAUACCGCCACCUGCGCGCCAAGGUGACCAACAUCUUCAUCGUGUCUCUGGCUCUGUCGGACCUCCUCGUCGCGCUGUUGGUGAUGCCGUGGAAAGCCGCGGCCGAGGUGGCCGGCUUCUGGCCGUUCGGCGGUUUCUGUAAGACGUGGCUGGCCUGUGACAUCAUGUGCUCCACGGCCUCCAUCCUUAACCUGUGCGUCAUCAGCGUGGACCGGUACUGGGCCAUCUCCAACCCGUUCUGCUACGAGCGGAGCAUGAACAGGAGGGUGGCCUUCAUCAUGAUCGGCGUGAUUUGGACUGUAUCUGUGGUGAUCUCCUUUGUUCCGGUGCAGCUGGACUGGCAUCGGGCGGAAAUCAGUGACCCCGGCGGGCGGACUACGACCCCACGCGUGGAGAGCACCGACAGAAGCUGUGACUCCAGCCUGAGUCGCACUUACGCGAUCUCCUCCUCCCUUAUCAGCUUCUACAUCCCUGUAGUGAUCAUGAUCGUCACCUACACCCGGAUCUACCGGAUCGCCCAGACGCAGAUCCGGGUGAUAUCCUCCCUGGAGCGCGCGGCGGAGCACGCCCAAAGCUGCCGGACACAUGUUCCUGAGCUCUUCCCACACAUGUGCACAGAAAUCGGAGCCAGCUCCUAUCAGCCCCGCAUCAGCAUCCACCCUGUUACCCAGUGCCCAGAUCAAUCACACCGGGAGCUGAGAGUCUCCAUCAGAAAGGAGACCAAAGUGCUGAAAACUCUCAGCAUCAUAAUGGGGGUUUUUGUCUGCUGCUGGCUGCCCUUCUUCGUCCUGAACUGCGCUCUUCCAUUCUGCCCCGAACCAGGGGCCCCGGGGGGCCAUCGCGGCCCCUGCUGCGUCAGUGAAAAAACCUUCGAUGUCUUCGUGUGGAUCGGGUGGAGUAACUCCUGCUUGAAUCCGGUGAUUUAUGCGUUUAACGCAGACUUCAGAGACGCCUUCCUUCGCCUGCUGCGCUGCCGCGGCAGAGGCUUCCUUUCGGCGGUGAGCACCGCGGUGGAGACCAUGAUGGCGGGCAACGAGGCCGGCCAGAAGAGGCGCGACAGCACCCUGAAGCCGAAGCUCAGCGUGUCCGUGAACACGCGUGGGAGUCAAGACAGCGGGGACACCACCAUGGUGGUGUUUUAUCACGGAAGGGCCACGAUGGAGCAGGGGACGGACACUGAGGAAAGACUGACACAGAUACCCAGAUAAAUCCCAAAUCUAUGCACAUUUUGUUACAUUUGAGUUACAUUUAAAUGGUUUUUGACUGUUAAACAAAUGAAUCAAAACAAAUAGGUUUUAUUUUUCAAAUAUGGCAGUCCAAAAG